AUGCCAAGAUCAUCGCGCGGGCCUACGACGGCGUCCUCGCGCCUCCUCACCCUCGUUCUCCUCCUCAUCGGAUGUUCCGCUUUCCGAGGCGUGCGGGCGCAGGCAACCCCGAGCAUUGUACUAGACGACAUUGACACUAUAUUCGCAUUCGGAGAUUCUUACAGUGCGACUGGCUACAACCCGGCAUUGGGCGUCAAUAAUUUCCCCGGCAUGGAGGGCACUGUGUCGGGAGGCUACAUCUGGCUUCAAUACCUCUCGACCCUCAAUUCCUCCCAUCCCAUCACGCUCUACGACCUCGCCGUCUCAGGCGCGACGACUGACAACGCCAUCGUCAACGACACUUCCGACGACUUCAACACCCAGACCGCUACAUUCUCGAAGUACUUUUCGGCGCCGAACGGACAGGCGCUUGUGACCAACCAGGCGAGAUGGGAUCCUGCAAGAACGCUCUUUGCAGUUUGGAUGGGCAUCAACGAUAUCGGCCGAGCGUAUCAGAACAAUCAGAACUUGACGGACUUGAUUCCUGCGAUUUUCGAUCAGUGGAAUCGCAACUUUGCUGCGCUAUACGCUGGCGGCGCUCGUAACUUCCUUGUUCUCGGUGUCCCUCCGACCGACCAGACCCCGCUCGUCCAGUCAGUACCGCCUGCGGUUCCACUCUUCGCAGCUUGGGUCGGACAGUACAACGGCGAGAUUGCCUCCUACGCGAACUCCCUCCCCUCUCUCUUCCCAGGCACCUCCGUCUUCGUCUUCGACACCCAGCCCUUCUUCCGCGCCCUGCUCGCCUCUCCCCGCGCAUACGGCUUCGUCGACACGACGACCUACUGCGAAGACUACUCCGUCGUGCAAGGCAUGCCCAACCUCACACUCCCUCAGUGCACAUGGCCAAUGUCAGAGUAUGUCUGGUGGAAUAACUACCAUCCGACGUGGGCUGUGCAUCGGUUGUUGGCGAAUGUGAUUGCGGAGUCUCUCAGCUCCUCCACCUCACCAUCACCAACGACGUCCUCCCCCUCCAGUCUCCCUCCCACUCCCACACCAACCUCCUCCUCCCUCUCCUCAACCACCUUCCCCUCCCGCUCUCUCUCAAUACCCACCACCUCUCCAACCGCCACCGCGUCGGCUACAGCUACGGAAGGAGCAAAUGGAAGUAUAGGUUUGGGAGGAGGGACGGGACGGCCAAAGUCGGGUGCUGAGAGGGGGCGAGGGGGGAGGAAGGUUUGGAUCGUUGCGUUGGGAGUGGCUGGAGUGGCUGUGAUGGUGCGGUGA